GCUCGUGUCUCUGGCGUCCUCUCAGGCUAGCGCCAUGUCCUCCUCGGACGGCUGCGCCGGCGGUGGGAUUCAGGCCUCUCUGCUCAGACUCCAUGCCUUUCUGGGAGACACGGAGACAAGAAACGCUGCACUCGUCUGCCAUGAUAUUAUUGGGGAUUUGGGGCAGGAAUGUGUGGUAACAAAGCGCGAGAAUGAGCUGAUUUUUCAGACAUCCCUGUUGUUUGCUAAAGAGACGGGUCUUCUGAACUUCCUACGAAAGUCCUUGCCUAAUGAAGAGCUACGGGAUGUGAGGGUGGACAUUCUCAAUCUGUUAACCACGUUCCUGCAGAGAAUGUCAGUCAGUGUUAAAGGAUGGGAGAAGAACUACGCCAACGAUCUGAAAGACACUUGUCUUGUCGUCUACACAAAGGACAAAGCUGCGAAAUGCAGAGGUCCUACUUUAGAGCUGCUUAUCAAGGUACUGUAUCUAGUCAAGGAUACUAGCGUGACUCAAGACUUCAAAAUUGGGGACAUGUUCAACAAAUUUUAUGGCGAGUUGGGUCAGAAAAAUAAGAUACCCGAUACAGUGCUGGGCAACAUCUACGAACUUCUGGGGGUCUUGGGUGAGGUUCAUCCCAGCGCAAUGGUCAGUAACUCAGACAAGCUGUAUAAGGCCUAUCUGGGGGAGCUGAAAGGGCAGAUGACGUCUACCACCAAGGAGCCCAAACUUCAAGUAGUCGCUGGCUGCCUGAGGGGGAUCACAGCGCUGAUGGUGAACUUUACCAAAUCCAUGGAGGAAGACCCGGAUACCUCAGAGGAGAUCUUUGACUACGCACUGAAGGCCAUCUGCCCGCAGACCGAGAUGAAGCGCUAUGCUGUCCCCUUUGCUGGGCUUAGACUGUUUGCAAAGCACGCGAGCCAGUUCAGCAGCUGCCUCAUGGACCACUGCAGGACCCUGUUUGAGGUCAUGUCCAAACUGUGUGGGCAUAUCAAUGUUGAAAUGAGGAAGACCAGCUACAAAGCUCUAGAAGCUUUCCUCAAACAGGUUUCCAUGCAUGUGGCUGGGGAUGUCAAGCAGCACCAGGGCAAGAUGAAGUUCUUCAUGCAGAAAUUUUGUUCUAUUAUCAGAACAAUGGACUCCACCAACAAAGAGCUCUCCAUUGCCAUUAGAGGAUAUGGACUUUUUGCUGCACCCUGCAAGGCGGUGUGUCCUCAGGACGUGGACCUGAUGUACACUGAGCUCAUCCAGCGCUGUAAGCAGAUGUACCUGACUGAGUCGGACCGGGAUGAUGAUAAUGUCUACCAGCUGCCUAGCUUCCUUGACUCCAUCGCUAGUGUUCUGAUGCAGCUGGACAGGAUUCCUGAAGUGUACACUUCUGUGCUGGAGCGCCUCCUGGUGGUCCAGAUCGACACUUUCCCCCAGUACAGCCAGAGGAUGCAGUACGCCACCUGCCGCUCUAUCAUCAAGGUCCUCGUUGCCAUGGCAGCCAGGGGCCCAGUGUUCUGGAGCUUUACCAGCUCUGUGGUUCACCAAGGCUUAAUUCGAGUGUGCUCAAAACCAGUUGUCCAAUUUGAGGAGGAGAGCAGUCUUCAGGGCAGCUCUACGACUGAAGAGACUGCAGAACCUGCACUGGUUCGCACUGGGAAAUGGAAGGUUCCAUCUUCCAGGGAUUACCUGGACCUCUUCAAAGGGCUUCUGGACUGUGAAAAUAUGAAGGACACUGGGUUUCUUGAAGGAUCUCUGGUAACUACAAACUCCAGCCUGAAAGCUCUGAACAGACUCCUCUACGAUGCCCUGGUGCAGUCCAUCAUGAAGAUAGUGGAGAAGCUCGAUCUAUCUGUGGAGAAGGUGAACGCAGAAGAGGAGGGAAAGGGUGACCUGGGCUUGGCCCUGACACCCUCUUCUGACCCCACUGCUAACCUGAUGCCUAACAGGCCCAAAGAUUUCACUGCCUUUGUCAAUCUGGUGGACUUCUGCAGUGAGCUGUUGCCAUCAAAGAACCCUGAGUAUAUUGCCCAGUGGAUGUACCCUCUGUGCCAUGAGCUCAUACUGCGGUCCAUACGCUUCCCCCUCGUCAGCGGCUUCUAUAAGCUUCUCUCUCUCUCCAUGGCCAUUGCCAAGAAGAUCAGCUACUUUCAGGGCAAACACGCCGAUGAAGAUUCCCCAGCUGGGAAUGCCUGUUUCGCACUCAUCUCAAAGUUUGGGAAGGAGGUAUGUGUCCGUAUUAAACAGUACAAAGACGAGCUUCUGGCGGCGUGCCUGAUGUUUGUGCUGUCCCUGCACCCUGACAUGGUCGCUCUGGAUGUCAAAGCAUAUGUGCCCGCACUACAGGCUGCCCUGCGGCUGGGCCUGAGCCAUGCUCCGCUGGCGACCGCCGCGCUGGACGCCCUGGAGUCCUGGUCCGCCCGCAUCCCGCCCUCCGUCAUCCAGCCCCACUACGCAGACAUCCUGCCCCACCUGGAUGGCUACCUCAAAACAGCCGCCAGCACCGAUAAAGCUGAGAGCAGUAUGAACGUGACCUUCGUCUCAGUGGGCACUGAAAAGGGCUACGGCAGAGUGAUGAUGAGACUCCUGAAAAAGUCCAGAGGCCUGCCUAUGGGGGAUGAGUCUCCCAUCGCAGCGGUGCGGCGGCAAGUGGUGCAGCUGUUGGGCCGCCUUGGAGGACAGCUCAACAGGAGCCUGGUUACGGCCGUAUCGGCGGAGGACGCAAUGAAGCGCUUCGUCGCCUGGGACAGCGAGAAAAGGCUGAGCUUCGCCGUGCCCUUCAAGGACAUCAAGCCCGUCAUCUACCUGGACCCCUUCCUGCCAAGAAUCACCGAGCUCGCCCUCUCCUCCAGCGACAGGCAAACUAAGGUGGCAGCGUGCGAGCUGCUCCACAGCGUGGUGGUGUACACGGUGGGCAAAGGUGCUCAGAUGGCGGAGGCGGAGAAGGCCACGCCGCCCAUGUACAACCUGCACAAGCGAGUCUUCCCCGUGCUGCUGCGGCUGGCCUGCGACGUGGACCAGGUGCCGAGGCAGCUCUUCGAGCCUCUGGUGAUGCAGCUGAUCCACUGGUUCACCAACAACAAAAAGUUUGAGAGUCAGGACACGGUGGCCGUGCUGGAAGCCAUUUUGGAUGGAGUGGUGGACCCUCUGGACAGCGUCCUGAGGGACUUCAGCGGACGCUGCCUCCAAGAGUUUGUGAAAUGGUCCAUCAAGCAGACCUCCCCCAAGCAGCAGGAGACGAGCCCGGCCAACAUCAAGUCCCUGUUCAAGCGUGUCUACAGCCUGGCCCUGCACCCCAACGUCUUCAAGAGGCUGGGAGCUGCACUGGCCUUCAACAGCAUCUACAGACACUUCAGAGAGGAGAGCUCUCUGGUAGAGCAGUUCGUCUUUGAGGUCCUGGUGGUGUUUGUGGAGAGCUUGGCCUUAGCACAUUCAGAUGAAAAAUCCUUAGGAACAGUUCAACAGUGCUGCAGUGCCUUGGACCACCUAAAGAGAAUAAUCAAACACAAGGCCGGUGCCCUUAACCAGCACGCCAAGAGACGCCCGCCCAGGGGUUUCCCCCCAGGGCAGGCGGUGCGUCUCUGUGACGUGGUCACGUGGCUGCUAGCCCAGUGUGGCCAUCCACAGACCGAGUGCCGGCACAAGUGCAUGGAGCUCUUCUUUGAGUUCGUCCCUCUUUUACCAGGUACGCCUUCUCCCGCACAGUGGCUGAAGGAGCAGGUGGAACGAGAGGGGCGGAGCUUCCUAAUCACGUGCCUGGAGGGAGGAGGGUUGCUGGUCCAGCCCACUCUGAGGGACGUGGGAGCCCCGUUCAGUGUGCGGGCUGCCCUGCAGUGGAUGGAUCUUCUGCUGGCUGCCCUCGAUUGCUACAACACCUUCAUCGCUCAGCAUCUCAUCCAGCCCCAGAGGAUUCUGGACUCUGGCGAGAAGUCCAGCUUCCUGCCAGCCAUCCGCUUCUUCCUGACCGAACUGGCCAGCGAGGACCUGAAGGCGGCUAGAGCCUGCUUCAAGGUGGCCGACUCUGUUCGGCCUCACUUCAGCCCUCGCGAGAGAGAGCUCUACAGCUACAGCAAGUGCACCAUCAUCGUGCGCUUGCUGGAGUUCUCCAUCAUGGUACUGUCCAAACACCAGGAGGACCUGUGGACGCUGCUGGAGCAGGACCUGUUCAAUGCCUCCUUCUUCGCACUGGUCAGCACCACUGUGUGCGAGCCCUCUUCUGUCGGCUUCAACACAGCCGACCUGGAGGUGAUGACCAGGCUGCCGGAGGUGUGUGUGGCCCUGCUGAAGGCCCUGGCAGCAACACCCUACAGGACCCAACUGGAGAGCAACAUUAGGAAGAAGAUAACUGUUCAAUGUGUGGAGGAGCUGUUUGCUGUGGAUCUGUAUGACCCCGAGACUCGAGAUGGUCAUGCCAAGCUGGAGCUGCUGCUGUCAGCCUGCACCCAGCUCCACAACUCUGGCUUUCUUACCUCCAUCCUGCACAGCAAGGACACGGCCUUCAGUGGCUCCCUGGGUUCAAGGCUUCUCAUGGCCGUGUAUAAAGGCAUUGCCCCUGGGGAGGACCGGACGUCCCUCCCGUCCAUGGACAUUAGUAGCAGGAAGUUGGCCAAUGGGCUAGUGCAGUUGUCUUUCUCGCUGGGUGACCAGACCGAGCAGCUGGUAGGCCUGCUGCUCAACUCUGUGGCCCUGUCGGCACCGCUCUCGGGCAGCCUGAACCCGCGCGUCCUCAGCUUCUCCCACGGCGAGUACUUCUACAGCCUGUUCCAGGGCGUGGUCAACGCAGAGCUCCUGUACAGGCUGGACCACGCUGUGCCCCUGCUGCUGACAGCCGCCGGCCAGAACUCCAGCAUGGUCAGCAUUCUGCUCAAUGGCAUGUUGGACCACAGCUUCCGUGAGCGGUCUGUCAGGAAGACCCAAGGCUCGCGAUUGGCUGAGCAAGUCCUCAAAGGGUGGGACCUUCUGAAACCAUGGUGGCAAAGCCCCACCUCCUCACCAGACAGCAAAACCUCAACCCUCACCCUGCUUUCCAAAGUCCUGCAGAUCGACUCCUCCGUGUGCACAAACACCAGCCACUCAGCCUUCCAGGCGGUCCUUACAACCUUCACCACUCUCAUCACGGAUCACAUGCUGCCCUUGAAUCUAAAGAGCCAGGCGCUGAUCACGUUGCCCUUCUUCACUACGUUACCCAGUGGCCCUCGGGAGGCACUGCAGAGGGCUCUGGAGGCUCUGGUGGCUGACCAUUUCCCCAUGCAGUCGGACGAGUUUCCUCGUGGCUCGCUGCAGUGUAACAAUUACAUGGACUGUAUCCGUAAGUUUUUAGAUGCCCUGGAGCUAUCCCAGAGUCCCCUUCUGCUAAGGCUGCUGGCUAAAGUCCUGUGUCGUGACAAAAAGCACAUCAUGGAGGAGCGCUUUCAGAUGUGCUUCCAGCGAAUCGCUCGACAGUCGAGGUGUGAGGAUCAGGUUCUCCUCCUCUGCACAGUCCACCAGAUGAUCCAGGACCGAGACGUUCCCGUGAGCUCCCUCAUGGGCCUGCUGGACCGUGUGCUGCUCCCGCUGGCCACUCACUGCAGUCCUAAAGCCCUGGCUCAGUUCUUCAUCACUAAUGUGGCUGGCAUCAUGGCCACCCUGCAGGCACGCUUCACUAAAGCUGUGGAGUCCGCUUUCGAGAGCCAGCUCAUCAUGAAGACCGGCUCCUGCAAGUUACUGGAGUUGCUGUAUUCUCGCCUGCACAAAGAGGAGGUCUAUUCGAAAGACUCUGCCAUCAACCAGGCCUUCUGUGGCCAAGGCAAAGCCGAGGGCAAUGAAAUGUCCAAGACCCUGCUCAGGUCCUGCUUCGAAGCCUUCACCGAGAACAUGGCUGGCGAGAGUGCUCUGCCCGAGCUGAGGAGACAGUACCACUGCGCCGCAUACAACUGUGCCAUCGCCCUCAUCAGCUGCAGCUUCAAUGAGACCAAGUUCUACCAGGGCUUCCUCUUCACGGAGAAACCAGAGAAGAACCAGUUGAUUUUUGAAAACCUGAUUGACACCCAAAGGAUUUACGAAUUUCCCAUCGAGAUUGAUUUUCCCAUUGAAAGGAAGAAAAAAUAUGUCAUGAUCAGAAAGGAAGUAACUGGAGAAAAUGGAGAGGCACCAGUAUACCUCUCCUCCCAGUCCUACAUGGCCGACAGUAGCCUCAGUGAAGAGAUGAGUCAGUUUGACUUCUCCACUGGAGUCCAGAGCUUCUCCUACAACUCCCAGAGUGCAUCAGGUCAUGGCCACAUCAGUAGGGCAAGGGAGCGCGUGGAGGUCUCGUCGCCGGACGAGACCGUUGAUCUGGAGAUGGACGAGCUCAACCAGCACGAGUGCAUGGUCACCAUGACUGCUCUGUUCUGCCACAUGCAGCGGCACAACAUCACCCCUAAAGUCCAGGAAGGCACGAUUCCCACUGACCUUCCUCCCUGGAUGAAGUUCCUGCACGGGAAGCUGGCUAAUCCGUCCACUCCUCUGAACAUCCGACUUUUCAUCACCAAACUCCUCAUCAACACAGAGGAGGUUUUCCGCCCGUAUGCCAGACAGUGGCUGGGACCACUCUUACAGCUGGUGGUCUCUGGAAACAACGGCGGAGAUGGGAUCCACUUUAUGGUGGUUGACAUAGUGGUUACUGUACUCUCAUGGACCAGCAUAGCCACUCCAAAGGGUAACACCCGAGAUGAGGUCCUGGCCAAUCGUCUACUGGAGUUUCUGAUGAAGAACUGCUUCCAUGUGAAAAGGCCCGUGUUCAGACAUAACCUGGAAAUGAUCCGCACCAUGGUGGAAUGCUGGAAGGACUGUCUGCACGUCCCCUACGAACUAAUCUUCGAGCGCUUUUCUGGAACAGAUCCCAACAGCAAAGACAACUCUAUAGGCUUGCAGCUCUUGGGUAUCGUACUGGCCAACGGCCUCCCCCCUUAUGACCCAGCCUGUGGCGUUGACCACAGCAGGUACUUCCAGUCUCUGGCCAACAACCUGUCCUUCAUCAGAUAUAGAGAGGUCUACUCUGCAGCAGCAGAGAUUGUCGGCUUAACCCUAAACUACAUGACUAACAGGGAGAGCCAAAAUGAGGAGCCGCUGUUCACUGCAGCCGUGGCCAAGCUGACGGAGUUGAAUAAGAAGGCCCUAGAUGACAAAUUUGUCGUUUGUCUGAGCAAAGUGGCCAAGCACUUCCCACCUCUGAUGGAUGGGUUUGUGAAUCCUGUUUUUUACCUGCUGCCGAAGCUGCAUGGCAUGCUGAAGACUCACUGUCUAGAGUGUGUGCUGAGCCGUGCCGAUGUCAUCCCCGACAUUUUCCUGCACCUCAAGACCAAGGGCUUCACCCAGCUCAUGGAGCACAGAGACGAGGCGAGGCAGCGGGUGUGUCUGGACAUCGUGCACAAGAUCCUGGCCUUGCUGAAGCCCGACGAGCUGCAGGAGCUCUUGGAUUCGGUCUGCACCUUCGUCUCGCACCCGUCCCCCGUGUGCAGGGAGAAGAUGUACGAUGUGCUCAUGUGGAUCCAGGACAACUACAGUGAUGCGGAGAGCCAGGCGGACAGCACAUCUACGAAGGUGCUCAGUGUGGCUAAGGACACCCUCCUCCAAGGGCUGGCUGAUGAAAACGAGGGCUUACAGCUGCACGUGCGGAACUUCUGGAGCCACAAGCGGCGCCUGCCAACCUCCACUCUGGAGCGCAUGCGCACGGUCCUGGCCUCUCUGUACACGGCCCGCAUCGAGGAGCGCUUCCUCAGCCUGGCCACAGACCUGCUGCUGGAAAUGACCAGCCAGAGUCCAGACUACACACGCAACAUGUUCGAGUUCCCGUUGUCUGAGUGCAAGUUUCAGGACUACGCCAUCAACGCCAACUGGCGUCUGCGCUCCACUGUGCUCACACCCAUGUUCACCGAGACGCAGGUGAGCCAGGUGUUGGGCACGCAGGGGGCGGCGGGCACGCCACCCGCCGGCACCAAAGGCCAGAUCCGAGCCACCCAGGCCUCUCUGGAGUUCUCCCAGACCCAGGCGCCCAGCGCAGGGCGCCGCUCGGCCUACAACUGGCUGACGGGCAGUAGCAUGGAUACGCUGGCCGACUACUCUCCACCGGCCGACUCGUCCUCCUCCCUGCUGGUGUUUGACAGGAGGAGGGCCCAGCGGGCCCCAGCCUGGAGGCCUGUGGGCGUCCGCUUCGGCUCCGGACGCCUGGCCCUCCCUGCCGAUGAGACGGACAGCCGCAGCGCAGCUGAACGGGAGAAGCGUGCCGACAUCCUGAGGCUGAGGCGAAGGUUCCUGAAGGACAAAGAGAAGGAGACUAUCAAGUUCGUCAAGAGGGAGAUCCAGUCGCAAAGGAUCGAAAGGGAGAAGAGAGCGGACGAGAAGUUGCGGCGAGACGCUCAGGUGACCUUGUACCGCAGCUACAGGGUGGGAGACCUGCCCGACAUUCAGAUCCAGCACAGCAGUCUUAUCGCCCCCUUACAGGCCCUGGCACAGAAAGACGCCACGCUGGCCAGGCAGCUCUUCGGCGCCCUGUUUGCGGGUGUGCUGGCGGAGAUGGAGGCAGCCAGGCCUUCUAAAGAGAGGGAGGCCAUUAUGAACGACUUCCUCAAGAACAUGAACGACUUCCUGCACAAGAGCACCAACUACUUCCCCCCGUUUAUUGCUUGUGUGCAAGACAUGUGUUACCAGCAUGGCGCCCUCCUGGACGUGAAGCCCGCCAGCGUGAGCGCCAGUUGCCUGGCCAGCCUGCAGCAGCCUAUGGGCAUCCUCCUCCUAGAGGAGAGCCUGCUCCACUCCAGCAGUGUGCCCGCCGAGCCUCCCUCCAAGCGGGCACGGGCCAAGAAGGAGCUGCCCCCCGACACGGAGCGCUGGAUCCACCUAGCAAAGCUGUACAGGUCCUUGGGGGAUUACGACGCAGUGAGGGGCAUCUUCGGCGGGAAGGUCGGCACCAAGUCCAUCACGUGCGCCGCACUGCAGAUGGAAGCAAAAGGCGACUACGCCGAGGCAGUGAAGCUCUACAACGAGGCACUGAACGCAGAGGACUGGAUGGACGGAGAGCCCACCGACACGGAGAAGGACUUCUGGGAGAUGGCAGCCCUGGAGGCCUACGACCACCUAACUGAGUGGAAGUCCCUGCAGUACUGUUCCACGGUCAACAUAGACGACAGCACGCCCGUUAACCUGGACAAGAUGUGGGAUGACCCAUUUUAUCAGGAGACGUACCUGCGGCACGCAGUGCGAAGCAUGCUGAAGCAGCUGCAGCUGGGCGCCAAGGACCAGGCCCUGCUCAGCUUUGUGGACGCGGCCAUGAAGGUGGAGGAUCGCAGGCUGGUGAUGGAGACCCACUACAGCCAGGAGCUCAGUCUGCUCUACGUCCUGCAGGAGGACUACGAUCGAGCCCAAUACUACGCCAACAACUGCAUGCAGGUCUUCAUGCAGAACUACUCCAGUAUCGACCCUUUGCUGAGCGCCAGUCGUCUGACUAUGCUCCAGUCUGUCCAGCCUCUCACAGAGAUCCAGGACUUCCUGCAAUAUAUCACUGGCGAGGUCUCAGUAGCGUCUCUGAAAAGUGUGAUUAAGCGAUGGACUAGCCGCUACCCUGACGUUAAAAUCGACCCAAUGAGUGUGUGGGAUGACAUCAUUACAUCUCGUUGUUUCUUCCUGGAUAAGAUCUGGGAGAAGCUGAGCUCUUCUCCUGCUGCCAGUAUGGAGGUGGAUGAUGACGAACAGGACAGCAUGGAGACCUUGGCAGCACUGGUGAAGGACUGCAAGUUUAAUAUGAAACUGAACAUGGCAGACAGUGCCUGGAAACAGAACAAUUUCUCGGUGUCGACCAAGCUGCUGAAGGAGCUUCACAGGGAGGCGAAGACGGACAGAACUCUGCUGCAGCGCUGGGUCCACAGCUUCACCCGCUUCACCCAGCGCCGGAGCUCCACUCUGGGCCCCGCUGAGCAGAUCAGCUCUCUGCUCAAGACCCUGCCACUGCUGGAGGAGACGGAGAAGACGACUGAAGCCUCCACUGGCAGGGUGUCGAGAGACCAAAGGAUUCUGAGGGGCUCCACCUUUGACCUUCUGGCCAGUGCCAUGGCCCGCAACCCUUCCGCCCUGGAGGCUCUUGGAGAAGAGAAGGCACAGAGAGUUCUGGAUCUUUCCGGUGCCUCUACAAUUGACCAGGUGGUGGAGAGGCUGCAGGCACGUGCUCUAGAACUGCUCCACGCCGCCGCCAGCAGGGCCGAGGAAGAGGAGCAGUCGUUCAGCCACAAGCACGCAGACACAGACGGCAUCGCCGAGGCCUACAUGACUCUCGCCAGCUUCUGCGAUCGUAGACUGAGGGAGCAUGAACAAAAUGAAGAGGGGAGCAGUCGCCCCAGGCUUUCGCCCCAGAGUUUGCCUGCCGACGUGGUGCUAAUGAUGCUGAGAGCCCUGAAGCUCCACUCAGAGGAAGCCAGACUCCGGUUCCCCCGCCUCCUGCAGCUGGUGGAGCUCUACCCUGCAGAGACGCUUGACCUGCUGGCCAAAGAGGUGGUGAGCGUGCCCUGUUGGCAGCUGAUUGGCUGGAUCAGUCAGAUGAUGGCCCUGCUGGACAAGCCAGAGGCAGUGGCAGUUCAGUGUGUAAUAGAAGAGAUGGCAGAGUGCUACCCUCAGGCACUCUGCUACCCCUUCAUGAUAAGCAGCGAGGGCUACACGUUUGAGGAGUCCGCCCGCGGCCACAGGAAUCGGGAGUUUGUCGAGAAGCUGAACUCGGCGCUAGAUAAAGGCGGAGUCAUUCGGGAGUUUGUAGAUGCUCUUCAUCAGCUCACUAACCCUGAUAUGCUCUUCAAGGAUUUGUGGGAAGACCUCAGGAAUGAACUGGAGAAGCAAAACGUAGACAAGAAGUCGGUAAAGCAGCUGUGCGAAGAACUGAGCAGCGCACUCUGUGAUCCAAAAGCCCCUGGAUUGGGAUCCUUCCGGAAGAAAUUUAUUAAGGAGUUCUCCAAAGACGUGGAGAAGCUGAUGGGCCCUGGAGGCGCAAAGAUAUUUCAGCAGCGGAAAGACAAGGACUAUCUGAGGAAAGUAGAUGAGCUGCUUCCCAGAAUGAGAGAAUUCCAGAAGGAGCCAGGCAAUCUGAAGGAGUACUCGCCUUGGCUCAGCAACUUCAGAGUGGACACGCUCCGCAACGAGCUGGAGGUGCCAGGGCAGUAUGACGGUAGAUGCAAGCCUCUGCCUGAGUACCAUGCUAAGAUCACAGGCUUUGAUGAGAGGGUGAAGGUCAUGACCUCUAUCCGUCGGCCGAAGCGCCUAAUUUUGCGAGGUGAUGAUGAGCGGGACCACCCGUUCCUGGUGAAGGGCGGGGAGGACCUCCGGCAGGACCAGCGCAUCCAGCAGCUCUUUGGCGUCAUGAACAUCAUCCUGAAGCAGGACGCUGCCUGUUCCCAGCGCAGCCUAACGCUGCGCACCUACCAGGUCGUCCCCAUAACCAGCAGGAUUGGGCUGAUUGAGUGGAUGGAGAAUACCUGCACACUUAAAGACUUUCUGGCCGGCAGCAGGACCAAGAAAGAGCAAAAAACCAUCACACGGCCCAAUGAAAUGUACGACAGUUGGAUCAGUAAAGUUGCCGGGAAGGUGGUUGGAAUAAGACGAUACGCGGAGGCAUACAGGAAGGCCAACCGAACAGACACCGUUAAUAACUUUAAGAGGAUCGAGCAGAACGUACCAGAGGAUCUGCUGAGACGGGCAUUCGUCCGGAUGAGCACGACGCCCGAAGCCUUCCUCUCGCUGCGCUCGCACUUCACCAGCUCGCAUGCGCUUCUCUGCAUCAGCCAUUGGGCUCUGGGUAUCGGGGACCGUCACCUCUCCAACUUCAUGAUCAACACGGAGACGGGGGGCAUGAUCGGCAUCGACUUUGGCCACGCCUUUGGAUCGGCGACCCAGUUUCUGCCGGUGCCGGAGCUGAUGCCCUUCCGGCUCACGCGGCAGUUUGUGGGCCUGAUGCGGCCCAUGGCGGAGUCGGGUCUGAUCCGCAGCGUCAUGACACACUCACUUCGCGCCUUCAGACGCGACCCCGACCUGCUGCUCGACACCAUGGAUGUGUUUGUCAAGGAGCCCUCACUCGACUGGAAGAACUUUGAGCUGAAGCAGCUGAAGAAGGGAGGCACCUGGACUGAGCGCGUGGACACCAGAGAGAUCAACUGGUACCCGCUACAAAAGGUCCAUUUUGCCCGGAGGAAGCUAGAGGGGACCAAUCCCUCAGUUAUAACAAGUGAAGAGCUUCGUCUGGGUUUCGAGAAAGAUCCAGUGUUUGAGUACAUGCUGGCCGUGGCUCGAGGCAGUGAGGAGCACAACAUCCGCGCCCGUCUCGGGGUGAAAGACCUGAGCGUGGACGAACAGGUGGACUGCCUCAUCGAUCAGGCGACCGACGCCAAUCUACUGGGCAGAGCAUGGAUAGGCUGGGAGCCCUGGAUCUGAGCAGCCUUUAUGGAAACACUUUCAAUGUAUACAUGUCUAAGCAUGCAAGUUUCAGCUCAGCCUCUCGUGCUGAGUGAUCCGUAAUGGUGUUGAUUUAGUAGCUUUAAGGAACAGAACAAAAUGGUUAACAGUAUAACCGUUGUUGACUUUUGUAAUCCCAUGUUUGUGUCUCAGAAUGACUGCCACAUGUGUCCGUUUCCUGUGUGACCCCCUGCUACUCAUCACGACACUCCACCCUUAUGGCCAGUUGAUACAUUUAUUUCAUUUAUUUUUGCUUGUGACAGGACGGCUUCCGACAGCAGUCACUCAAUAGCGAUCUGUCCACGGUGUGUAUGGCUAUGGGGACUUGGGGAGGAUGGGGUAUUGAUCACUGGAAGAGCAAUGUUGGUUCUGCUGAAGUAAAAACUUUAAAUUUGU